CAAGAAUUGAUAAAAGCAUUUUCCAAUUUUGUGGCAAAUGAUGAUGGAGUUCGUUCUUUGAACCACAAUGCUUGGAGUACUUGUCUCAUUAUUUCAUUCCUCAAAGCUUUAUUAUGGAAAUAUCAGUACGAAUGGAUUGCAAUUCACAGCAAGGGUGAAGCUUGGUUGAGUGAAAAUGUUCCUGACGUUAAUAUUGAAGAACGUCUUUACAGUUAUGUAACCCGAUUUAUCAUUCAACACUUUAAUAUUACUGAAUGGGAAAGUGAAAGUCAAAGAAUAAGUUUGGGAGUUGAUACCAAGAUAUCAAUUAUUGUUCGUUCUAAAGCUAAUAUACGUAUUGUGCGUCGGUUUAUUACUUAUCAAAACGACUCUGGAUGUUUUGUACUCAGCGAUAAAUCAUCUGGGUCAUUUGGUUUCAGUUCAAUUGAAGAGGCCAAGAAACAUCUCGAAAUACAUUUUUCUUCAUACUCUAAAGCUUCCAAACUCGAUGUUCAUGUUUGGAAUACAGCAAUUUUUAUUUGGUAUUUCCGUCUCGUUUUGAUUGAUUUUAGGACCGAAUGGACUGAAGUGUUCCAAAAGUCGGAAAGUUGGAUUAGCGAACAA